UUUGUAUUGGGAGUUCUUCAUGUUCUUUUUGUUUACCGCUCUGUACGUGGUUAUUCCUGUAGAUGCGUCCGUAGUAAUAAUGCAAAAAAAAGACUACAUUUAUUAUACUAAAUGCGUUUUGGAUCUGAUGCAUGUGGCUGAUAUGACAAAAAUAUUCUUUACUGGCUACUACCACGAGGAAAAAAGCAAAGUUAUGUUAAGCCCGUCGAAAAUCGCCAAGCGGUACCUGACUAGUUAUUUCUUUUUCGACCUCUUGUCUUGCAUACAUUCCUUCAUGUUACUUAUAAGAUACUUUGUGACAGUCGACACUUUAGUUCUACUGGCCGUAAGGACUCUUGUCUUACUGAAAAUGGUCAGGCUAGGCAGAUGGGUGGAUAUAGCGGAGUUAUUUCGGCAG